AUGGGGGCGCCAAAGUUCCCCCCAGGUAAGCGCGCCCUGCUGCUGGCUGGCGUGCGCGAGCCCCAGCCCGGCUCCUCGCCCACCUAUCUUCUCCCACAACCUCGGCUGGCCCUGCAGGUGCAUCCCCAACCAACCCGAAGUCCUGGCCCCGAACGGGUGGCGGGCGAGAGAGGCGCGAAGAGGGGGUGCACUAGGGCAGCCCCGGCCGGCCGCAGGUUUGCGUGCCCUGGCGAAAGCGCCGCCUGCCACAGGCGCAACCAGCCCGGGGAGAAGGGAGUGGGAGUGGCGCAGCCUUCAAAAGGGCCGGGGAGGGAGCCCGCUGGACGCCGGCCAGGCCAGGCGGGCGCUCGGGACCCCCCUCUCUCCCCGCCUCUCAUGACGCCGAGGAGGCCCCGAGCAGACCUCGACCUGGCGAGCGAGGGGCUGCCCUCCCCAGUAUCCGCCGUCUCCUCCUCCUCCUCCACCCCCCCAGCGAGUGAGAGGCAGAGUGGCGUUAGCUGCGGGCAGAGGGGCUCCCGCCACCAAGAUGAGGCCACCGCUCUGCGCCUCGCUGCUGCCGCCCCGGGCCUCGGCCUGGGAGGCGCCCCCCACACAUCCAGGCCAGCGGCCACCUCUUCGCCAUUGACUACAGUUCACAGAGGAGGAGGAGGAGGCCCGGCGCUGUGCCCACCGCCGCGGCCCUGGGCAGAGAGAGAGGCCUGCUGCCCCUCGAGCAUGGUGUGA